AUGGAGAAGGUAGUCUUUGGCGACAUUGAGAGCGUCGACAGGGAUCCUGGCUCCCUUCAGGAUACCGCCGCCGACACUGCUGCGUCCAAGUCGGACCAGCGGCUACGCGAGCUGGGCUACAAGAGCGAGUUCCGACGUGACAUGUCUCUCUUCGGCGUUCUGGGCAUCUCAUUCUGUGCAAUCGGCAUCCUGACCGGCAUGAGUAGUGCGUUCCAGACAGGACUUUUUUCUGGAGGGCCUCUUGGCUUGUUCUGGGGUUGGAACAUAUGUAGUCUCUUCAUGCUGUUCAUAGCGCUUUCCUUGGCCGAGAUUUGCAGCGCAUAUCCCACCAUGGGCGGUCUGUAUUUCUGGGUAUGCAAAAUGAAGCCUGAUAUGCCGAUGCUCGGAUUCUGUACCGGAUGGAUCUACAGCAUCGCUAUGGUCUUCACAGGAACGUCUGGGAAUCUCAGCGUCGCUCUCUACCUGGCGUCGCUCGCAGAGGUUGGCCAGGGUCGGACUUUGACGAGGGUGGAAGUUGCAGCGAUCGCCUGGGGAGUGAACAUCCUCUCUGGUGUCAUCAACACCAUCGGAACUAAAGCGAUCGGGCAUAUGAGCUCUUUCAAUCUGUGGUGGACACUCGGCGGGACGUUCGUCCUCGUCAUUACUUUGCUCGUCAAAGCACCAGUAAAGAACAGUGCUGCAUUCGUAUUCACCGAUUACGAGAACUUCACGGGCUGGUCAAACCGCGGAUUCGUCGUCCUCCUAGGCUUCCUCCAGGCCGUCUACACCCUCGAAGGCUGCGAGACCGCCGCCCAAGUCGCCGAAGAGGCUAAGAGCGCCGAGAUCCUCGCCCCGCUCGCCGUCGUCGGCUCCAUCGCCGGCUCCUGGCUCAUCGGCCUCGCGUACAUGCUCGCCCUCCUCUUCUCCGUGCAGUCCAUCGCGUCCGUCCAGGCGACGUCGUUCGCGAUCCCGAUCGCGCAGCUGUACUACGACGCGGUCGGGAAGCGGCUGACGCUGAUGUGCCUGACCGUCGUCGCGCUCGCGCAGUUCAUGGCGGCCGUGACUGCGUUCACGGCGAGCUCGAGGUUGUUCUAUGCGCUGGCAAGGGACGAGGCGUUCCCACUCAAGGGGCGGUAUAUGGCGCUGAAUCGCUUUCAGGCACCGUAUGUGGGCGUGUGGACGUCGGUGCUCGUCGGAUGUAUCAUCUCGUGCGCAUAUAUUGGAUCCGCUGUCGCGUUCAACGCGAUUCUGUCCUCGGCAGCUAUCGCUGUCAUGCUGAGCUACCUGCAGCCCAUCAUCAUUCGCGUCUUUUGGCCGACGACAUCACUUCCAGAACGCGGCCCGUUCUCCUUGGGCCGGUGGUCCUGGUCUAUCAAUUUCGCGAGCUUUCUGUUCACCGUGUUCAUCUGCGUCUUGUUCAUCCUGCCGACCGCCCAUCCUACUACCGCGCUGAACAUGAACUAUUCCAUCGUCGCCAUCGGUGCCGUUAUUAUCCUGGUCGGCGCAUGUUGGGCGUUGUGGGGGCGCUUUCACUUCGUGGGCCCCGUGAAGACGGUGAUGGACGAGAAGAAGGGGCAUUGA